AAUGAGGGAGUGAAUGUUCCGGGUCAGAAACUGGACGGGAGAGGAAAUUAACUCCGGGACGAGACGAAAAAACGAGAAUGCAACCCUCUUCCACACGGAGAUGUAGCCGGUAUUUUUUGCGCUAAAAAGAGGAGGUUUUAAAAGUCGACGUGGACGAGGAAAAAAGCGGAGAAAAAAAACAAACAGGUGCCUACAAACUAACCAAAGUGAGACAACGACGGAGAAUAAUUCCCAUGUUGGUCGCGAGCUGACGGACGUUAGCUCGGUUAAACGCGGCUCACUUUCAGCUGCAGUUUCGGUGUUUACUCGCCUGUGAGUUUGGCUUCUCUCGUGUUUGGCGGUUUAUUUAGUGCAGGACUGUCCCACCGAAGCAAUCUGUUGCAUCCCCCGUCCUCCCCGCUGUUUGUUUAUCGCACGGAGAUUUAACCUCCCCCGUGAUGUUUCACUGUAUACCCCUGUGGCGGUGCAACCGUCAUGUUGAAAUGAUCGAUAAACGCCACUGCUCCCUGCUGUAUGUGCCCGAUGAGAUUUACCGCUACGGACGGAGUUUGGAGGAGCUGUUACUGGAUGCCAACCAACUCCGAGACUUGCCCAAGCCAUUUUUCCAGCUGGUGAAACUGAGAAAACUUGGCUUGAGUGACAACGAGAUCCAGAGACUUCCACCAGAAAUAGCAAACUUCAUGCAGCUGGUUGAGCUGGAUGUCUCUCGAAAUGAUAUUAUGGAAAUUCCAGAGAGCAUUUCAUACUGCAAAGCCCUCCAAGUGGCAGAUUUCAGUGGAAAUCCAUUAACAAGAUUACCUGAAAGCUUUCCAGAGCUACGGAAUCUAACAUGCCUUUCCAUCAAUGAUAUUUCAUUGCAAGUUCUUCCAGAUAACCUUGGAAACCUUUCCAAUUUGGUAUCACUAGAACUCAGAGAAAAUCUGCUGACAUUCCUACCAGAGUCACUAUCUAUGCUUCACAGGCUUGAAGAGCUCGACCUAGGAAAUAAUGAACUAUACAGUUUGCCAGAGUCAAUAGGCUGUCUUGUCAGCUUGAAGGACUUGUGGCUGGAUGGAAACCAGUUGGUUGAAAUCCCUGCAGAGAUGGGCAGUAUGAAAAGCCUGUUGUGUCUGGAUGUGUCAGAAAACAAAAUGGAGCGACUUCCAGAGGAGUUAGGUGGCCUGGUGUCGCUCACCGACCUGCUGGUGUCUCAGAACCUCAUUGAUGCUCUACCAGAAAGCAUCGGAAAACUACGGAAACUUUCUAUAUUGAAAGUAGAUCAGAAUAGGCUAACUUAUAUUCCAGAGAGCAUUGGCAACUGUGAAAGCCUGACUGAACUCGUGCUCACAGAGAACCAGAUACAGAGUUUGCCGAGGAGUGUUGGGAAAUUAAAGCGACUUUCCAACUUCAACUGUGACAGAAACCAGCUAACGUCGUUACCUAAGGAGAUCGGAGGCUGCAGUGGUCUGAAUGUCUUCUGCGUACGAGAGAACAGGCUGACGAGGAUACCGGCAGAGCUGUCACAAGCCACUGAACUGCAUGUGCUCGAUGUCUCUGGAAACAGGCUCACCCACUUACCCAUGUCACUGACCACGCUACGACUGAAAGCCUUAUGGAUGUCAGAAAACCAGUCGCAGCCUCUCCUCACCUUCCAGACCGACGAGGAUCCCGACUCGGGAGAGAAGGUGCUCACCUGCGUGCUGCUGCCUCAACAGCCAUUAGAACCAGACAAUAAAGGCUCUGAUAAUCUAGCCCGCUGUGGAGCCCUGGAGAGUCUGGUGAAUGACAUGGCAGACGACACGUGGGACAACAAAGCCAUGAACAGGAUCAGUGCCAUUCACUUUCUGGAUGAUGAUGAGGAUGAUGAUGAUGAAAAGGGAACAUUACUUCGCCGGGCCACGCCUCACCCAGGCGAGCUGAAGACGAUGAAGAAGACAGCCGAGAACCUCCGCAACGACAUGAACGCUGCCAAAGGCCUGGACUCCAACAAAAACGAGGUCAAUAACGCUGCAGACAGAGUGACCACGUCUGUGUGACCUUUACCUCAGAAAUGUUUUUUACCUCCUGUGUCUCGCAGUGUCGUCCUGCACAACCCCGCAGCCCUCCCCUCCCCUUUUUUUUUUCUUAUACCUACGAAUCCUGGUGUGGCCUACCCCUCCUCUGACUAAACUAAGCUUGUAACCUUACUCCAUCUCCAGUCCUGUGUAAAACGUGUUUGACUCAGUCUCCCAGGGCCGCCGUGCCUUCCUCUUUUUAAUUAAUGUCUACAGCAAUAAUCUGCACAGAAGCUCCUUUUUAAAAAGAUAUUUUAAAGAUUUUACUUUUUUAAAAGCCUCUUUUUAAAAACAUACAUUAGGUAGUUGCACUAUUAUAAAUCUUUAUAAUAUGGUCAAACCUUCUUAAAUGUAUUAUAUAUAUUUGUUCUAUAUCUAUUUUUAAAACACUGGGUGAAUACUUUUUACAUUUUGGGCAAACAUAAGAGCAGGAGUUUUUGGACCUACUGAUUAAGGAUUUUUGUAUAGUCUCUUGUGAAUAUUGAUACUUUUAUACCUUUUGGCAGCUCAAAUGUAAAUAAAAUGUAUAGCAAAUUUCUUAAUUAGUUGCAGAUUUUUAAACUUUGUUUCUUUUUCAAACUUGGUACUUUUUUCUUUUUUUAAAAAAAUCAAAGAAAUGAACAAAACGCAGUCACUGAUGUCUUAUUUAAUCCAUCUAAUUGUCAUUGGGUGAGUGGAUGGCCUUGAAUCCUCUUUUUGUUCAUCUGUUAAAUAUUUAGGCAUAUUCUGGGAUAAUUAAUAGAUUCAAUUAAUAAAUUAAGUUUGGAUUUAAGUACUGCACAUCAAACUUUACUCAUCUGCAACCUAAUUCUGCAGAAGUAACAAUGCUGUCUUAUUUAUAUGUGCUGUGCUUCACUGCUUUUUUUUCCCAAAUAGAUGCCAAAAACAGCUGUAUAUUUUAAAACAGGUUUUCUCUCCCUUUAACAAAGAGUACUGUAUAGAAUAAUCAUCGGUGAGAAUGAGGUUCGUAUCACAAGGAUGGCAUCCUUUAAAAAUGUUAGAAGUUCCACUUUAAUGCACUUCUCAGCGUUUCUCAAAUUCUAUUACGUGGUACAUGAUAAAUUGUUUUAUUUUGUUUUUAAAUUGCAAAAAGUGGACCAGAGAAAUUGGUUCGAGUGUUGGUUUUUAUUGUACUUAAUUAUUUUCUGAUCAAACUGCACAAAACGGAUCUCACAUGGGCGCUGUGCCUUGAGAUUUGGAUGACUUUUUAACCACUGAUCAAUAAAACGAGUGCAACACUAAA